UGAAUACACACAAAUUAUUCAUUUAGGGUUCAUCAAUAGAGAUAACGUAAUAAUAUGAAAUGGAAUUAAAUAAUUUAUAUUGAUCCGUUAAUCGAGGUGCCAAAGAGAAGAAUUUCGAGGGAAAGAUAUUGAUUUGGUUUUGUGUUCUCAGAGGGAUGCGUGUUGUGUUGCUUUUUCUUUCAAGAAAUGGUUCUACAUGUUAUGUUGGGUGAUGUUGUAAGAAAGUUUGAAUAUGAGCAAUGGAGGUGGGGAUAGUGGAAGUCAGCAAAGAGAAUUACCUGGUAAGAGAAAGCUUUUCCGAGGCAGUGAUUUUGCGUUUUCCAUAGCGAGAAUGGCAGUGGCUCAGAUAUGCGAGAGUGUUGAGGUUAACUCGUAUCAGGAAUCACAGACACGCGAGGGCCUGAGGUUUAGUUCUUUUCAAGAAUCUGCUCUUGAAACACUAACCGAUGUAACGGUUCAGUAUAUCCAGAGCAUUGGGAAGACUGCUCAUUUGUAUGCUAACAUAGCCGGUAGAGUAGAUGGUAAUUCUCUGGACAUUGUUCAAGCUUUAGAGGAUUUGGGAUCUGGUUUGGGUUUUGCUGGUGUUUCAGAUACUGACCAUUGUCUUGCUGAUUCCGGUGUAGUCAAGGAUAUUAUUCGUUAUACUGGAGAAGCGGAGGAGAUGCCGUUUGUUUACUCUCUUCCUCGUUUCCCAUUUAGUAAAGAGAAAAAACCUGCUCCUAGUUUCUCUGAGGUUGGAGCAGAACCUCCAGAUGAACACAUUCCUGUUUGGCUUCCUGCAUUUCCCGAAACCGAAUUGUGUGAUCGAUCAGAGGAAACUAAUGCAGCCACAAUCGAAGGAGAAAUUCCGAGUAAAGAAAACGGUUCAUCUUUACCGAGUAUGCAACAUUCUUUCGAUGGUGGUAGGUUAGAUAUACAUAAAUCUACAAAGGAUGUUCGAGAAUCACCAGAAGCAGUAGUCGAAGGUAACCCGUUUCUAACUGCGCCUCUUCGAAUUGUGGAGAAAAAUGUGUCACCUGUGGUCCGCCCUUUGGAGAUUUCAAAUGAAGUUGUUAGGACCAACCACGUUCCUGAUAAGUAUAUGAGCAACAACCAUCACAUCCCAGUUCUUGAGGCAUCUGCAUCAUCGGAUAAAAUCAACAACAAGAACUGGUUAGCUGAAUUCGAGGAUGGAGAGAAGGAAUAUGUUGCAAGAAAACAACGAACUUUGGUACGUUUCAAGAUUGGGACUACAAAAAGAUCUACGUGUUUGGCAAAAAGUCGGAGCUUCCAGGAAGAGGGUUGGUUUCAAGAAAUUGAAGACAAGAGGGAGAAGAAGUCAGAAAUCAAAGAAAAGCGCGAAAGAAUUGACUCGCAAUUGUCAACACAGAUGUAAAAUAGGUAUUAUGUCAUUUCAGAAUUUGCAAACAAAAUAGCUUUGCAUCCUUAGUUUAGUGAUCGUUUGCAACUGGAAUACGUUACUUUUUAGGGUAAGAGAUUUUUACUAAUUCAAAAUGAUGGAGAAAUAGAAGGUUGUUUGGCCU